AUGGAGCAGGUAGAACUGAGCAUUCGAGGCAAAAAUAUAGCCGUUGAGGCAGAAGUUACUUGUACCAAGUCUAGUAUCCCUUCGCAGGGACUUGUGAAUAUUAGCGCUCUCUCCGAGGAUAAAGGGAAAGAAAAGAAGGGUGUGUUAACUCCAAACACUAAAGUGAGAGAAGCAGAUCAAAACAAUGGUGCAAGAAGAAAUGAGAAUGAGAAUGGUGGUGCAGCAGGCAAGAAGGUUGGACUUCUGAAAGGGAAGCAACACGAGCUUAAAGGUCAGGCAAGACCAUCAAGUCCUUUCCGUACUCGUCCUGAUGCAUCAACACAUAAUUCAGAUAUAGAUGCUUUAAAAACCAUGGUGGCCCGAACAUCUUCAAAAUUGCAAGCAGUGGAAUGCACAGCCAAACAAGAAAGCAUCGACAUGAAUUUUUGGUCAAAUAAUAGCAACAGAAAGCAAUCUCCUGAGGCAACAUCUUGGUCCAAAUUGCCAGCCAAUCUUCUUAAACCUGGAAAGGGAAUGAUUAAAAGGAGAAACUUAGCUGCUUUGGUAUUGGCGGAAGUUCAAAAAGAAGCAAUUGCAUCAGCAAAUCUUGUCAAGUGCCUAAGCACGUUUGCCGAUCUUUGUUCAUCUGCCUCGCCAGAAAACCCUCAUAUCUACCUUACUAAGUUCUUUACACUCUACCGACUUAUAGAAAAAGCAGACGUUACAAUUCUAACAAAGGAUGUGUCUGAUAAUUUCUCAGUAAACUUAUCGUUGGAAGAUAAAGACAAAUCCAACAGAAAAUCAGGUUCCUUACACGGGAGCAGUAUGACAAUAACUCCAAAGCCCUCAAUGGAGCUUAGCAGGGCUGAUAAAUUAGAAUGGUCAAAGGGAGGUGGUUCCACAGAAAUUAAGGAACUCAGGGAAAUUCUUCUACAUGAAUCACAAUCCUGGUUUCUCAAAUUCUUGGAUGGAGCACUUGAUAAUGGCUUCCAGCUGGAUUAUCAGGAAAAGAAAGGGAAGGAGAGUUUUGGACGUUUUAUGGAACCAAACAACCACAUCGCUACCGCAUUGUCACAGCUGAAGCAGGCAAAUGACUGGUUAGAUAAACUCAGGAGCAAGUUGAGCUCAGAGAAAAAUGAGAUGCUCGAGAUUGUUGAUAGCUUGAAGCAAAAGGUUUAUGCUUGUUUGCUUGCUCAUGUGGAUUCUGCAGCGCGAGCAUUGGAAAAUAGAAAGCCGGUCUGAUGAAGUGAUUCGGCAAGAAUGGACUGGUAUAUCCUUCUUUUGCUCAAGAAAUCUAAAUUAUAAGUAAUUUAUUCAUUUGCUUACUUUUUAUUUUAUGAUCAGCUUAAGCUAUUGCCACUUUUCAGAUGAUAAGUAGCUGAUCACCUUUAUAGAUAAUGUAUCUAUGAAUAAAGUUUGUGUAUAUAAGAAGAAUGAAGUCCUUAAAAGGAUGGACGUUUUAACA